AACUGUAGAGAGAGAGAGAGAGAGAGAGAGAGAGGCACCCAAAUUUGCAGCAGAACCUUUUGGGUUGGUUCUUCUUGGCAGUUCUCUCACAGAGCUGAAUCAAAAAGGGGGUGGUUUUCUGGGGUCUCGCGACCUUUUUUUUUUCCUUCUUAAAAUCUUCCCUUCUUAAAAUCUUCCCUUCUACUCACUCACUUAGUCACUACUCUCUCUCUCUCUCUCUCUCUCUCUCUCUCUGAAACUUCACAUUGUUCUUCUUUCAUUUUGGCUACAAUACUCUGCUUCAGCUUCUAUGCUUGGAUUUGUGUAGAAAACUGACCUUUACUUGAAUAUCUGAAGUGGGUUUAGCAUGCUAGUUUAGUGCUGUUUUAUAGAUAGAUAGAAUUAACCCCAAGCAAAAUGUUCACUGAUGGACUUGACAACAACAAUGCUCUUCGAUGGGUCAGAAAGGGUUCUGUUAAUCAGAAGGAGGAAGUUCCUUACUCAGUUUCAAAUCUACGACGACGAAUUGAUCCUCUUUCUAACGCCCAAAGUGGCGGCGAUCGAGGUUUUGGGUUACCUUCACCGUCAAAAUUCCGAUGUGGGCAUUUAUCUGGUGUAAUUCCAGUUUCAAGAGCUUUACCCACUGAUGUUGAUGAUAUUGGGUCUGCUUCUGACAAUGAUCUAACCACUGAUUCAGAGCAGACCUACGGUGGAAGAUACUCGCUUGAUUCUUCGUCACCACAAGAUGACGGAGAUCAUACUAAUGCUGCUUCAAAAAGAUACUAUAAUUCUGCACAGAGGCAAACCCGGUAUGCCAGUGAUUCUGUGUACUCAGGAGACGUUAGUUCGUCGAGGGAAACAAUUGGGAGAGGGAAUGGAAAUGUGGCAGAGAGAUUGAUGAGGGGAGCUAAUAGAUACCCGGUUGGAAGGAAUGGUUAUAGUGAGGAUGAUAUCUCUGAUUCUGCUGCAAGUUCUGAAUUUUCAAGCACACAAGUGGGUGGCGACACUGUGGGAGGGACUCGUGCGAGAGAGUAUGUUUCAGAGGGGUAUGCAUCGAAUGUUCCUUCUCGGACGAAUGUGGAAAGUGCUGCAGAAAAGGAUUCUCGUGUCAGAAAUUUGCCAAAUGAAAAGUUUUCUGACGAUGAUAUUCCCAGUGCACCUCUAUUUUGUGGUUCUUCCAGGGAAAUCAAGGAAGAUGCUGAACAACUUCCAACUUCUAGAGCACAAUACAAACCUUAUGUACCAUAUUCACAUGAUUUUUUGGCUAAAAAUGGCCCAGAUGCUUCUGAUAGCGUUUCUCCUCGGGUUGAACCAGAGGAUAAUACUGAAAAAAAGAUUCCUGACCAGCAUGUGAGGAGUGCUUCUGGUAUAGAAAGUGGUGCACCCUCAGGUUUAGUCCCUGCGCGCCUUCCAACUUUUCAUGCCAGCACUCAAGGGCCGUGGCACGCUGUGAUUGCGUAUGACGCUUGUGUUCGGUUGUGCCUUCAUGCUUGGGCGAAGCAAUGCAUGGAAGCUCCCAUGUUUUUGGAAAAUGAAUGUGCUCUGCUGCGAGACACAUUUAGUUUGCAGCAAGUGCUAUUACAAUCAGAGGAGGAAUUAUUGGUGAAGCGCUCGUCUGAGCAUGCCAGUGAGGGAACUGCCCGAAAACCGAAGAAAAUGGUUGGGAAGAUGAAGGUUCAAGUUCGUAGGGUGAAAAUGGCUCUGGACCCACCCACAGGAUGCAGUUUUUCUUCCAUUCCAAGACCAAAUAUAAAAAUGGAGUUUGUCCGAAAUCGCUUUUACAGUCUACGGUCAACACUAUCUUCUGGGUGGCAAGCACUUCAGAAAAUUUGUUUUGUUCCUCGUGUGCCUCCAAAUGGUUCUUUUUCACGCCAGAGCUUCGCUUAUGUGCAGGCCAGUACUCAUUAUGUGAAACAGGUCUCCGGACUUUUGAAAAUUGGUGUAACAACAUUGCGCAGCAGUUCAUCUUAUGAAGCUGUGCAAGAAACAUACUGUUGUUGUUUACGACUGAAAAGUUCAAGUGAAGAGGAUGCUAUUCGAAUGCAACCUGGAUCUGGUGAAACCCAUGUAUUCUUUCCAGAUAGCCUAGGAGAUGAUCUAAUCAUUGAAGUCAUGGAUUCUAAGGGAAAGCAAUAUGGUCGUGCCCUUGCUCAAGUGGCUACUAUUGCUGAAGAUCCAGGUGACAAGCUACGAUGGUGGUCUAUUUAUCAUGAGCCAGAGCAUGAGCUUGUUGGAAGACUACAACUCUAUAUAAAUUACUCAACAAGUUUAGAUGAAAAUAACCAUCUUAAGUGUGGCUCUGUUGCAGAAACCGUGGCAUAUGACCUGGUAUUAGAAGUUGCAAUGAAAGUUCAGCAUUUUCAACAAAGAAAUUUAUUGUUGCAUGGCCCAUGGAAAUGGUUACUAAAUGAAUUUGCAUCCUAUUAUGGGGUUUCAGAUGCAUACACUAGGCUAAGAUACCUUUCAUAUGUCAUGGAUGUGGCCACGCCCACUGCCGAUUGUCUCACACUGGUAUAUGAUCAUUUAUACCCUGUAGUUAUGAAGGGCCACAAUAAAAUCAUGUUAAGUCAUCAAGAGAAUCGAAUGUUAGGAGAAAUUGAGGAUCAAAUAAGCCAGAUUCUUGCUCUGGUUUUUGAGAACUAUAAAUCUUUGGAUGAGUCGGCACCAUCAGGAAUUAUGGAUGUUUUUAAGCCUGCAACUGGGCUUGCGGUGCCUGUAUUGGAGCCUGCUGUGAAACUGUUUACGCUUCUGCAUGAUAUAUUGUCUCCUGAGGCGCAGACUAAACUGUACAGCUAUUUUCAGGCUGCUGCGAAAAAGAGAUCGAGAAGGUACUUGACUGAGAUGGAUGAGUUUGUUUCCAGCAACAAUGAAGGCAUUUUGAUGGAUUCUGUUACCAUUUCCACUGCUUAUCAAAAGAUGAAAUCCCUUUGUUUGAAUAUCAGGAAUGAAAUUUUCACUGAUAUAGAGAUCCACAAUCAACAUGUACUUCCAAGUUUCAUAGAUCUUCCCAAUCUUUCCUCGGCCAUAUACAGUGCAGAACUUUGCAGUAGAUUGCGGGCAUUCCUCAUUGCAUGCCCUCCAACAGGCCCUUCGCCUCCUGUAGCAGAACUUGUCAUCGCAACUGCAGACUUUCAGAGGGAUCUUGCCAGAUGGAAUAUUAAACCUGUUAAAGGUGGAGUUGAUGCAAAAGAUUUGUUCCAUUUGUAUAUUAUGCUCUGGAUUCAAGAUAAACGCCUUUCUUUGCUCGAGUCAUGCAGAUUAGAUAAGGUGAAAUGGUCCGGAAUCAGGACACAACACUCGACAACACCUUUUGUUGAUGAGAUGUAUGAACGCCUGAAAGAAACAUUGAACGAUUAUGAAGUCAUCAUCUGUCGCUGGCCAGAAUACACUUUUGUUUUGGAGAAUGCCAUUGCUGACAUAGAGAAGGCAGUUGUGGAGGCCCUGGACAAGCAGUAUGCGGAUGUCUUGUCGCCAUUGAAGGAAAAUUUGACACCCAAGAAAUUUGGUCUCAAAUAUGUACAGAAGCUCACAAAACGAUCUGUGUGCCCCUACGUGGUCCCGGAUGAGCUUGGAAUUCUUUUGAAUUCCAUGAAGAGGAUGCUUGACAUAUUGCAGCCCAAGAUAGAACAUCAGUUGAAGUCAUGGGGUUCUUGCAUCCCUGAUAGGGGAAGCACAGCCCCUGGAGAGCGCCUCAGUGAAGUAACUGUGAUGCUUAGAACAAAGUUCAGGAAUUACCUGCAAGCAGUUGUGGAGAAGCUAGCAGAAAAUUCAAGGUUACAGAAUGCUACAAAGCUGAAGAAGAUUCUACAAGAUUCGAAAGAAACUGUGGGAGAAUCGGAUGUAAGAAGUCGAAUGCAAACACUGAAGGACCAGCUGACAUGUACAAUGAAUCAUCUCCAUACUAUCUUUGAGAGCCAUGUUUUCAUUUCGAUAUGUCGGGGCUAUUGGGAUCGGAUGGGACAGGAUGUUCUGAGCUUCUUGGAGAACAGGAAAGAGAACAGGUCGUGGUACAAAGGUUCAAGAAUUGCCAUCUCUAUUCUGGAUGACACUUUUGCAUCACAGAUGCAGCAGCUGCUGGGGAAUGCCCUUCAAGAGAAGGACUUGGAGCCUCCAAAAACUAUCAUUGAAGUUCGGUCAAUGCUUUGCAGAGAUGCUCCGAGUCACAAGAGCAACACAUACUUCUAUUAAACUUAAUUUUGUAUAUAGACAAGAGUGAGAAGAAGCCAUAGGUACAUAAGAGAGAGAGAGAGAACGAGAGAUAAGAGAGCUUGUUGGCAAAGCUGAAAAAGCAUAGGUUAUGCCAAUUUUAUAUAGCAGGGAAGCGUCUUGGCUUUUCUAGGUUGCCUAUCCACCCUCCUCGGAUGGUUUUAAUUAUGUGUUUUAAAAAAUAUAGAAUAGUUAUAAUUUCAUCUUUAUAUUUCCUA